AUGGGUCGCUCUCAGGAGCUCAGUGAAUUCCAGCAUGGUACCGUGAUAGGUUGCCGCCUGUGCAAUAAGUUCAACUGUGAAAUUUCCUUGUUACUAAAUAUUCCAUGGUCAACUGAUAGUGGUAUUAUAACUAAGUGGAAGCAACUGGGAACAGCAACUCAGCCACCAAGUGGUAGGCCACGUAAAAUGACAGAGGGUUGGGCUUGACCCUUUAGUUCCAGUGAAGGGAACUCUUAAGGCAUCAGCAUACCAAGACAUUUUGGGCAAUUUCAUGUUUCUAACUUUUUGGAACAGUUUUGGAAUGGCCCCUUC